AUGAAUAGAAAGCGAACCGCAAAUCCUCCCGAUUUGUUGUCAUCCAUGGAGGAGUCGAAGGGGGAACAGACGACUGCUACCGACGCUCAAAAGUCUCCCACUUUACCGGCGAGCGUCAUCGUCAACGUUUUGUCCAAACUCCCGGCGAGAUCUCUGUUCCGAUUCAGGCUCUUGUCCCGUAACUACCUCAAUCUAAUCCACUCCCCUGAUUUUAUCGCCGCCCACGCCCGCGAUUCCUGCCUUAAUCGCGCCGGUCUCCUCCUCCUCGCCGAAUCCCUCUCCUGCCCAGUGGCGUCCUUCUUACCGCCGGCGAUACCCGACAACAGCUGCGGCGGAGGAACGUCAAUCGAGCAAUUGAAAAACACUGGUGGGGCUUCCGACUUCCCCUUGCCCUUCCUCAAGGGUUACGGCCAAUUCGGAGUGCGACCCAGCUUGAGAUUUGCUGGAUCCUUCACCGGGUUAGUUUGUUUGAUCCUCCAUCGAUGGGGAGAGUACUGGGUUCUAUGGAACCCGGCCACCUCCCAAUUCAGCUUCGCUCCUCCGCCGAUCUUGCCUCAGGACGACUGCUUUUGCAACCGUGAAAGCCCCCACAGAGUCCUUGUUGGAUUUGGGUACGAUUCCGAGGCCAGUGAUUACAAGUCGGUUAGGGUUUGCUGGUGGCAGGAUGGUGGUAGUGGUGUUCAAGUUGAAGUUCUAAGUUGGGUUAAGAGGUCAUGGACACAAAUUCAAGACAGGAGCUUUCAAACCAUCCUGACUCUCAACCGAAAAGGAACCUGGAGCUUUCCCGAUCCUCCUCUCGCAACCAGCAAUGGGGGAGUGUAUUGGAUGGACACGAUUACUGGUAUGGUGCUUUGCUUCAAACUGCAUGAUGAAAAGUUGGAGUGGAUUUCGACUCCUUAUCCUGCAGAUUCGCCAAAAUGGUCUGUCCUGAGUACCAUUAGUGUCUGGAAAGGGUCACUUGCUAUGUUUGUGCUAACAGUACAAGACUCGUUACUUAGUGUCUGCUUGUUCGACGAAGGAGAUUCAUCCUGGUCUACUUUACUUACCAUUCCAAUGCUGGGUUCCCCUUGCAUACCAGAGGCCAUAUGGCGCGUCAAUGGCUGUAAUUUGUUCUUGCUCUACAUCAACUGCGUUACCUGCGAUUCCGAAGGAGGCAUAUUGAAGCUUCCAUUUGAGGAGAUUAGUAGAGCCUUUGAGUUUGCUGAGACCUUGGUUCCCAUCCCUGGCUGUUGA